AUGAAGACUUAAUUUGAUAAAAGUAGAAUAGUCAAUAUCUACUCUCCAAACCUUCCUCCUUUUAAAUUGACAUUAACUUUUAAAACUACUAUUAAUGAUAUUCGCAACCAAAUUAUUUAAAGUUGGAGUGUAAUUCCUAAGAGAGUAAGAAUUUUUAAUUAAAAUGGUAAUGAACUAAUAGAGCAAGAUUUACAAUUUGUUUUAGAUGGAAAUAAAUUAUAUAUUACUCUUUUCGGUUAGGACUUAGAUGCGAGCAUCAUAUUUUAAGAGUAUGAGAUUAUUUCUGAAAUUGGCAAAGGAGGUCAAGGAACAGUCUUAUUAGCAAAAUAAAAAUUUAUUGGAUUUUAUGUUGCUAUUAAAAUAACAAGAGAUAUUGAUGAAGAAAAUUCAAUUAUAAAAAGGGAAUCAAAAAUCCUGAAAGAAUUACUCCAUCGUAAUAUUGUGAAAGUCUUUUAAAGUCUUUAUUUUUAAAAGACACAAGAGUGUAUUAUAAUUAUGGAAUAUUUAGAAGGUGGAUCUCUGUUAUAAUUAAUUAGAAGUAAUAAUUUUAUAUUAAGUCUUUAGACAAAGGAAUCAUACCUGAAUAGGAAGUAAAGAUCUAUAUUAAAUAGAUAGUAGAAGCAUUGCUUUUUUGUCAUUCAAAAACUUUUGUUCAUAGAGAUUUGAAAUUAGAAAAUAUAAUGUUAGUUAAUUAAGGAAAUACAUGGGUUAAAUUAAUAGAUUUUGGAUUAGCAGGAGUUGCAGGAACUUAGAAAGAAAGAGAAACUAUGAAUGUGGGAACUCUACCAUAUAUGCCUCCAGAGGUUUUAAAUGGUAAACUUAAAUUUAUAAGUCCAUGUGUAGAUGUAUGGGGAAUAGGCAUUAUUAUGUAUAGUCUUUUAUAUGGUAAAUUACCUUUUAAAGGAAGAAAAAAUGAAGAUAAAAUUAAUAAUAUUCUUCAAUGCAAUUUCUAACAUGAAUUAAGUGUUUCAGAAGAAGCUAAAGAUCUUAUUAAUAAAAUAUUAGUACCUAAAAAUAAUUAAAGAAUUUCAAUGCAAGAAAUUAUGGCUCAUAAAUGGAUAGGAGGAAAUGAUAUAUUACAAUUUCGUAGAUUGCUUAAAUAAUCUUCCUAACCUUAAAUAAAAAAUGGAAAGAAGAAAUUUGAUUUAGAAAUCAGAAAAAUAAGUGUUCAUGAGGAAAAAAAAGUUCGAAUUUCUCUUCCGCUCAUUAGAUAUAGGGCUAAUUCUUAAGAUUAUCUUUUAGAUAUUUCUAAAUGA